UGUUUGCAUGACCACCAUAUGUCCAUACUCAGGCAAUGUCCGAUACAAUGACGGUGUGACUAACCUACGGCUCUGAUUACAGACGCUGUCACAAAUUCAAUUCGACACCAUUCAUGAACAACCACCACCUUUAUUACUCUGCACAAGUAGACCAAGAAAGCUUCCCAAGAAGCAUCACUCACUCUCUCUCUCUGGAAUUCCAUUUCUCAGCAAACUCAAUUAGUUGGAGAGUCUUCUUCUUCUUCCAAACUCUAUGAUGAAAAUGGCUGGAAAUCCAGGGAAAUGGCUAUUCCUGUUCCUAAUAUGCUACUCUCUAAGCAUAUCCUUCUCCAUCUCUAUCACCCCACCAUCCAAGAAAACAUACAUCAUUCAUAUGUCCAAAUCAGAGAAGCCAUAUUCCUUCACUGACCAUCUCGAAUGGUACUCCUCCAAAGUAAAAUCCGCAAUCGCUGAAUCCGAAAUAGAGGACGACGCCAAAGAAGGCGCAGCCCAGCGGAUCAUCUAUAACUAUGACACUGCUUUCCACGGCUUCGCAGCUCAGCUCAGCCAAGAAGAAGCUAAGAGGCUGGAGAGCAGCCACGGCGUGCUGGCCAUGUAUCCGGAGACGGUCUACAAACUGCACACGACAAGGAGCCCUGAGUUCCUUGGUCUCGAACCAGAGGACAGCAGCAGCAUCUGGUCGGCUGCCCUCUCGGACCAUGAUGUUAUAGUUGGGGUUCUCGACACUGGAAUUUGGCCGGAAAGCCCGAGUUUCAAUGACCGGGGGAUGGCUCCAGUCCCAGCUCGUUGGAAGGGAACCUGUGAGACUGGCCGAGGCUUCACGCGUGCCAAUUGCAACCGGAAGAUCAUCGGUGCACGUAUGUUUUACCAUGGCUACGAAGCGGCCAUGGGAAUUAUCAAUGAGAAGGAUGAAUUCAAGUCGCCAAGGGAUCAAGACGGGCAUGGGACCCACACAGCAGCCACGGCUGUGGGCUCCCCAGUGCAGGAUGCAAACCUCUUAGGCUAUGCUCGUGGGACUGCGAGGGGGAUGGCACCCGGAGCCAGAGUGGCAGCUUACAAGGUCUGUUGGGUUGGUGGGUGUUUUAGUUCUGAUAUCCUAUCUGCCGUAGAUCAAGCCGUGGCCGAUGGCGUAGAUGUGCUGUCGAUCUCACUCGGUGGUGGGGUUGCUUCCUAUUACCGGGACAGCUUGUCGAUAGCAGCUUUCGGUGCAAUGGAGAUGGGUGUUUUCGUUUCCUGUUCAGCAGGGAAUGGAGGGCCAGAUCCAGCCAGCCUCACCAAUGUUUCGCCAUGGAUCACCACGGUAGGUGCAAGUACCAUGGAUAGGGAUUUCCCUUCCACAGCGAAGCUAGGCAACGGUCGGAUACUAACCGGCGUCUCACUCUACAAAGGCCGACGAAACCUGUCUGCCGGAAAACAAUACCCACUGGUUUACAUGGGUGGUAACUCAAGCAGCCCCGACCCAAGGUCCUUGUGUCUAGAGGGAACUCUGGAUCCUCACAUCGUCACUGGGAAGAUCGUGAUAUGUGACCGCGGCAUCAGCCCCCGGGUGCAGAAAGGCCAGGUAGUGAAAGAUGCGGGUGGUUUGGGCAUGAUCCUAUCAAACACUGAAGCCAACGGGGAGGAGCUAGUUGCAGACUGCCAUCUUCUUCCCACAGUCGGAGUUGGAGAAACUGCUGGAAAAUUAAUCAAACACUAUGUACAGACCACACCGCGGCCCACCGCCACUCUAACCUUUGCAGGAACGAAGUUAGGAAUCCGGCCUUCCCCAAUAGUAGCUGCAUUCUCAUCCAGAGGACCCAACUACCUCACACCAGAGAUCUUGAAGCCCGACGUUGUAGCACCGGGAGUGAACAUCCUCGCAGCAUGGAGCGGGGCUGCCAGCCCAUCAAGCUUGCCAACUGAUAUACGGCGGGUGGGGUUCAACAUCUUGUCAGGAACCUCAAUGUCAUGCCCACAUGUCAGCGGCAUUGCUGCAUUGCUUAAGGCCAGCCACCCUGAAUGGAGUCCAGCUGCAAUCAAAUCAGCUCUGAUGACCACUGCCUAUAUUCAUGACAACACCCACAGCCCACUGAAAGACGCCGCAACUCGAAUGCCCUCAAACCACCACGACCACGGAGCAGGCCACAUAAAUCCAUCAAAAGCUGUCGACCCGGGCCUGGUCUACGACAUGGGUGCGCAUGAGUACAUCCAAUUCCUCUGCUCACAAAAGCUAACACCAAUGCAGCUGAAAGUCUUUACCAAGACUUCGAACCAAUCCUGCCAACAUGUUUUCACCACCCCAGGGGACCUUAACUACCCAGCCAUCUCAAUUAUAUUUGGAGAACCACCCUCUACUUCCGUGUUGACCGUACACAGGACCGUCACAAAUGUUGGCCCACCCACUUCAACAUACCAAGUUACAGUUUCCCCAUUCAAGGGUGCUGAAGUUACAGUCGAGCCAACGACCCUGCACUUCACAAGCAGAAACCAAAAGUUAUCUUACAAGGUGACUGUCACCACAAAAUCUCGGCAGCCAGCCCCAGGUUUUGGUGGUUUGGUAUGGAGCGACGGCAUUCACACAGUUAGAAGCCCGAUUGUGAUCACAUGGCUGUCAUGAUCACAUGGCUGGCACCGAUAUAAAACCGUUCCCUCAUGUUUUGAUAGAAAACCAAGCUGGUUUGAACUUGAAAUGUUUCAGCCACAAUAAACAAUGUUUCCUAAAAGUACUGUGACUUUCUCAGAUCGUUUUAUUACAUGGAAUGCUGUUUUUUCA